AUGACAAUUCCACCUUUUGGAUACAGGAUUAUGCCCACCAUCACUGACCUCCCAGAUGAGCUUUUGGAUGAAAUAACACAUCUCUUACCAAAAGGGACUCUAUUCUCCCUAUGCACCGUCUCAAAUCGCUUCCAACCCCGUGCGACACGAUGGCUCUAUCGGUCUCUGGCCCUGGCGGGCAACGGUGAAACGAUAAAAAUUUGCAAGGCCCUCAUUUCAAACAAAAUUGCUGCUACCUCCGUUCGUAAAGUUCUCCUGUGGCCAGGUUUAGCAUUUUCUCGCCUAAGUCUCACAGGAGGACCCUUUUAUCUCUAUCUGUCCGCCUUUUACAAACUGCUGUCCCGUGCCUUGGCCUGUGCGAUAAAUGUGGAAAAUAUCCGGUUAAUGUUUCCUUACUGCGGAGCAUCUCUGUCAUUUGAUGCCUGCGCGUUCUCAAACCUUCAUUCCUUUGCCACUACAAUGGAACCCCAUACUCUUGCUUCGUUCGUCAGGAGGCACCCACAGCUUCAGGAGCUCCAUAUAUCUCCGAGCGAUAUUAGAUCUAUUACAUUGUCAGAAUUCAGCGGAAUAUCCCUUUCCUCGCUGAAUUCCGUCUGCCUUCCCCAAUCUCUGCUGUUUAUAAUUUCUCCGGAUGCACCCCUACGAUCUGUUUUGUCUCCAGAAAUCGAGGACGACAACGAAGAGAUCCCACAUUUCAUCAGGCACCUUUCUCGAUAUUCCACAACGCUCACUGAGCUUCAUUUGUGCCGUCCUCACUGGAAUGCUGAAGUUUUAAUGCAUGUCGCGACUUUGCUACCAAAGAUCAAAAGCUUCACAUUCACUAGAAUGACGCCUGGCCUGCACGACCCUGCCAAUGUAGCUUUUCUCGAAGCAUGCGAAACAGCACUUCCUUUUUUCAGCUCCCUCAGUCAAUUCCGCAUCGAAGUCUCGCGUAAUCGAGAACUAGCGGGCUUUACAUUUGUGUCCGAUUACAGAUGCGACUUCACGAUGGUUCGAACGUGGGGCAACAAAUGCCCGACCCUCAGCAUUUGUGCCUUUCCAUCUGGAACUGCAUGGCAUCGUAUCGAGGACAAUGUAUGGAUGCCAGACUUGCACCACAAAGCUGCAAUUCGGUGGUUCUUUGAGGCCGCCUCCACGGACCAGUUUCCCAUCGAUGUCAUGGGGUCUUUACAGCUGUUCUGCGAUUCCAUGGGGAAAGUUGACACCCUUGGACUACUCAAUUUUAGGUCACCGUCAGCCAUGGAAUCAAUUGGCCUUUACCACCAGACAGAGGAGGACGAAUCAGAGGUUUAUUCAAGUGAUUCGGAUGAGGACGACGUCGAGAUCGAGGAAUGA